AGCAAUUGGCCUCGGUAAAAGUAGCCGGUUCCUGCAUUUUAGCAGCUAUGGUGAUCUUCGCGUCCAAACCAUCUCCCGAGCCUCACGCGCAACGUUACACAUUUCAUGGAGAACAAUCCAAACCGAUUGAUAUGGCAGCUUGGAAUUAAAGCUCGCAAAUAAUAUACCUCAGAAAUCAUUCUAGGCGGGGCAGCUGUCCCAGUGCACCCCGCUAUGAAGGACAACGUUCAGUCACCCCACUUUAGUGAAUGACGGUACCUGAACCUUGAGACGACAUGCUCUCCAUAUCAUCAACGUCAGAUUUAUACUGCAUAACAUGAACCGUAUCGAGCUGGAUGCUUCUGAUGUAUUUUCUACUUCUGCGUUGCUACAAUGCUUUUUAAUCCCUCGAGCUGGCUACCAGCUCUGCAGCUCACUGGCAUCGUUGAAUAUACGCAGAGUCUGGUGGGCUCACCACAUGUCGCUCAAGGGAGCCUCAAUGGGUUUCCUGAGGUUAGGAGUACUACGAAUAUCCAGCGGGAUGCAUUUCUUGAUUCUUUGGUUGCUAAUAUGAGCAUUCCCGAACUCGUUCUCCAACUCCAUCUCAUGUCUGCAGAUAAUAUCGUGGGCCAAUACUCUAACAAUUCUCUGUAUGAUUUUGCUGUGCGUUCUGCGCCAGGUGCGGCAGUUGGAGUCAUUCAUGAUCUCUAUGUGACGAAUUCGUCACAAUAUAACUCAAUCCAGGCUCUCAACUCCGAGAAAGCGCGUCUGAAUGUUCCAUUUCUGCAGUUUGGAGAAUGCUUGCAUGGUGUGGGAUCGUUCAAGCAAUCGAUGUUCCCUCAGUCCAUUGGUAUGGCAGCUUCUUUCGAUACAGAUCUAGUUCACCGAGUUGGAAGCGCAAUUGGUGCCGAAGCGAGGAGUAUUGGCAUUCAUGCUUGCCUCUCUCCGGUCUUGGACUUAGGCCUCGAGCCGAGGUGGGGUAGAGUCCAGGAAGCAUGGGGAGAAGACAUGCUACUAACGAGCUACAUGGGCGUCGCUAUAGCAUCCGGAAUGUCCAAAAACGGAUCUUGGAAUCGUCCUGAUGCUGUCGCUCCUGUAGUCAAACGUAACCAUCAUUUUGCAGCCCAUGGCAGCGGCCAAGGAGGUAUCAAUGGAGCGCCCUCUACGCUCCUCGGAACACGUCAAGUAUGGCAGUCCAUGCUUCGGCCUUUCAAAGCAGUAGUUGAUCUUGGAGGAGCCAAGGGUGUGAUGAUGGCCUACUCUGAGCUAGACGAAGUACCAUCCCACGUCCACCCCAUGCUUUACAAAGCGCUCGAUGAUUGGGGCUUUGACGGUUUCGUGACUGCUGAUGAUACCGGUAUGGCUAUGUUGCAAGGACGACAUAAAGUGGCAGGGUCUCCUGCUUCAGCUAUUCAGCAAUGGUUCAAUGCAGGGGGCAUGAUUCAGUACUAUGACUAUCCUCUAGAUGUCUAUCUUAACGCGACGAUUGACUUGGUUGCCAAUGGCUCGGUUGCACUCUCGACCCUGCAAUCUCACGUGCGAAAGAUUCUGUCUGUGAAGCAUGACCUGGGACUUUUCGAAAGCCCAUAUAUACCUCAAAAUGUCAACUCGCAAUCUUUGACAGCGAGUCAUGUUCCCUUGACGCUCGAGGCAGCACAAAAGAGUAUAGUCUUGCUUGAAAACCGGAACGCAACACUGCCGAUCCAACCAGCAUCUCAGAACAUAAGCAAGAUAGCUCUCAUUGGACCCUUUUCGGACGUACUCAAUUAUGGUGACUACUCAGGCCAAUUCGGCGCCUACCCCACAGCAAGCUCUAGCACAAUUCGUCAAGGAAUGCUUUCUUAUCUCGCAGCAAAUGCCUCAAACGUGGAGCUUGUCUCAAGUUGGGGCGUCAACGAUUGGUAUAUCAAUGCUCAACGGAACAUCCCAAACUACCUCCUAUCAACACCCGACGGUAAAGCGGGAGGGCUUGAAGCCACAUAUUAUGCAGAUGUGAACUUCACGCAACCUAUGUUAUGGCAACAAGAGACACCAAAUCGAGACUGGGGAUUAUUUCCACCCAACGGUCUUCCGUCGAACAAUUUCAGUGUUAUCUGGGAAGGACUUCUAACUGUCCCUGUGGACAGCGAGUUGAAUGGGUGGAUCGGAGUUGCGACUAGUGCCAAUUGCACAGCAAGACUCUAUAUCGACAACGUUUUAGUAAAAGACUCCCCGUUUUCCAGUCAGAGCACCAUUCAGUCCAACAUCCCUGGGCUUGCUUUUACUCAGGUGAACUCGACUGCGCCGCCUGCUGGUGGAGUACCAUUCACGUUCCAGAAAGGGGAGGUUCACAAGAUUCGUCUUCAGUUUCAGGCUUUCAACUUGUAUCAGAAGUUUGAAAAUAUACAGUCCGUCAAUUCCGAAGUGGAAUUGUUUUGGAAUUUGGUGGAUAGAAAUGAUUCAAUUCAGAAGGCGGUAGCCAUUGCUUCAGAUGCAGACGUGAUAGUCUUAGCUGUAGGUGCCAACUGGGAUUCCGAUGGGGAAGGAGGAGACCGCUCUACUCUAUCACUCUCAGUCAAUCAAACACAGCUCACAGAUGCCAUCUUCGCACUCAACAAGCCCGUUAUCCUCGUCCUUCAAGGUGGUCGUCCGUUCGCAAUCCCGGAAUACUAUUCGAAGGCUGCAGCUGUGAUCAGUGCUUUCUUUCCAGGCCAAUCAGGUGGCCAAGCAAUUUCAGAUAUUGUGUUCGGAGUGGUGAACCCGGGUGGUAGGGUACCAAUCACCGUGCCGAGAAGUGUUGGAACUCUGCCAGUGUUCUAUCAUUACAAGCAGACAGCAAGAGCGAACAUUUACGUAGAUGCGGAUUGGACUCCUUGCUAUAGCUUCGGAUACGGACUUUCUUACACCACUUUUGCGACGAGUAACUUCAAAGUCUGGAGCUCGAGUAGCGCGGAAAAUUUCACUGAUGGAGAUACGAUCUAUUUCGAGGUCGAAAUUAAAAAUGAAGGGAAUAGAGAGGGAAGUUAUGUGCCGCAAGUAUAUCUGUUGCAGAGGGUCUCGACCAUAACACAACCUGUGAAGCAAUUGAUGGCAUUUAAGAGGGUAUAUUUGGAAGCUGGAGAGACUAGAGUGGUGAAGAUGGAGUUGGAAGUUGAUAGGUAUUUACCGAUCUUGAAUAGGGUUUGGGAGUGGGAGCUUGAAAGAGGUGGAUAUACUUUUGCGUUGGCUGAUGAUUCGAGUGUGAACGCGGAUCUGAGUGUCAAUGCCACAAUGACAUGUGUCUGAAGGGAAAUGGGUGAGGAACUCCAGGAAUGUGUCGUACUUGCAAGCAUAUAGAGAUAGUGACGAUCCAGAAAAGUUUCUACGUGCAAGAACCUGUCUAGGUAGACGCCAUAGCAAUAUCUCAUGCUGUUGAUUUGCGUCCGCCAAGUGGCACAUCCCAAAUUUCUGGUUGAGUCACAGAUCUCCACAGGUCAAGCAUCUCUGACACUGGUUUGGACAUUCGUCUUUCAGCUUUCGGUGGGAAAAUUAGGCUGGGCAAUUAGGGUAUUCGUAGUUAGAAACAGCAUCUUAGUCUUUACUUCCCUCCCAAACAUUUUGUUAUCUCU